AUGGCGAGACCAGGACGUCUUUCGGCCCGAGGCGACAUCCACGCCGAGCCGGCCAGUAGGCCGCCGAUGUUGGACGUCGUCUGUGAUCUGUGGCAUCCCGAGUCCAACCCUGGAGGGUACCUGAGUCUAGGAGUCGCCGAGAACACAUUGAUGCACAAGGAGAUGAUUGAGUACAUGAAGAAGACCUUCAACAUUGAGAGCCACUUCCUCACCUACGGAGAUGGCUUCACCGGCAGCCAUCUCCUCCGCGAAGUUGCGGCCAAUUUUAUCAAUGAGCGUUUCCGCCCAGUCAACCAGGUGCUCAAGAAGCAUGUUUCCAUCACAUCGGGUGUGGGCCCGGCCCUGGAGUUGAGCUCGUUCUCGCUUUGCGACCCUGGAGAUGGCAUUCUACUGGGGCGGCCAUACUACGGCACAUUUCCUAUUGCAGUAUCAUUCGGGGAAGUUGAUCCCCUCAGCGAAGAAGCCAUCCCCUUUUAUGAGCAGGCGCUGCUGGAUGCAAAGGAAAGAGGUAUCACCACCAAAGCGUUAAUCCUCUGCAAUCCCCAUAACCCACUUGCUCAUCGCUCAGGCCGCUGCUACCCUCGCAGCGUCAUUGAAGGUUACAUGCGACUUUGCCAGACGUACAGCCUCCAUCUGCUCAGCGACGAGAUCUACGCGCUUUCGAUUUGGGAUAACCCCGACGCGGCCGAUGCUCCCGGUUUCACGUCAGCCCUGUCGAUUGACACGACAAACCUCAUCGAUUCAGAUCUGGUACAUGUUCUCUGGGGAAUGAGCAAGGUAGAGACUUUCGGAAAUUGGCGUCCAAUUUUCAAGCUGACAAAAUGGCAGGAUUUCGGCUCCAAUGGCAUCAGAUUGGGAUGCAUCAUAAGCACAAACGAGCCAUUCCAGCAGGCAGUCGAAGCGAACGCUUACUGGACGUGUCCAUCAGCGCUGACGGACCAAGCGACGGCCAAAAUCUUGGCUGAUACAGCCUUUGUCGACUCCUACGUCGCAACGAACCAGGCACGUCUUGCGGCUAGCUAUGCCGUCACCACCCGCUUUCUGAGGGAAAAUGAUGUUCCCUACGAGAAAGGGCGGCAAUGCCGGCUUCUUCGUGUGGAUCGAUCUGUUCGCGUGGAUGAAGAAGAACGUCGAGAUCAAUUGUCGGAAGCCGAGCUGUGGGGCUCUGGGAGGCCCAGCUGCAGGAGACCUUGCUGA